AUGGAGAUACCUAAGAUGUUGACUCAGCGUUCAGUCAUUGUUCACAGAAUCCUCAAUCCGCCUAGUAACAAUGGAAGAGCCCUUCGACAAUUUUACUCCAGAAACUACUCCAGCCCCAGCUCCAUACCCACCGAGCCAAAGGCAAUGACUCAAACACCUACCGAAUCUACUACAGCGACUUCCGAGACUCAAAAAUUGCAAGAUAAUUCUCAAAUGACCGCACAUAGCUAUGUUUACUACGAAACAUACAGAACCUCUAAUUUUCACCCCGAUGUCUACAAUGCUCCAGCGCAACCAAAAUCCGUCAAGAAACUUCCAAAUGCGGAUCUCGCGACGAAGAAAAUCGUAGCUGAGCACACUUGCCCCAUUACAACAUAUAACCAUGCGUACUACAAAGAGUUCAGCAUUGCGGGUUUUAAUUCCAUCCGAACUUCCCCUCCGGCACAACCCGAGCCCGCUAAUCAAAUGGCUAAUAAACCAGCCGAGGGGCUAGGCAAGGGACCUACGAACAAACCUGCGGGUGAACACACAAGCAUUGGUCAUGAAAUUAGCAGAGCAGAAGCCCUUGCUAUUGCCACGGCAUACAUCCCAAUCAUCCAAAUCCAGGAGACAAAGAAAAACCAAGAUUGUUCGCUCUUGGAUCAUGAUAUAGAGACAUGUGCUCAAACAAUCGAAGAGCUAGAGUUUGAGACACUUGGGAUUACUGGAUUUCAGAGAACUCAUGAUGAAACGGGAGAUGAUGAGCUCAAGACAGAGGUUGAUGGUGGAAAGGUUGAUGAGCAGUCUGUUGAGUCUGGGGAUGGAGAUGCAGGAUCUGUCUAG